CAGAGUGAAACAAACAUGGCGACAGAAUGGAGCGGGCAACAAGGCUACAUUCUAACUCUAAUCGUUUUCCUGUGGAGUGCGGUCGGGGGACGCACAGAGACAGCUACGUCGAGUGUCAGCAACAGCGGGAGCCAAGUGCUUGGUAUGCGGCUGGAGAGAAGCGACAAACCGGCCACGACCACUGACGACGGGGUCAUACAGGUAACGGAGGAGAGCACAGUGCAGCUCCGGUUCUACGGUGUGCAGCUCAACUCAGGCACCUGGUCGCAGAUCCGCUUCACGGAACGAGGGGAAGGGGGAGAGGAGGGUGGAAACAAUAAUAUUUUUGACGACACGCCUAACAGGACUUGUGUUGAUUUCACCAAAGACUUCAGCAUCGCUAACUACAUGAACAUCAGUAGCCGGGGGACCACAGGGGUGCUCAGCAUAAACGUUAAGCCGCUUCGCAAGAGCGAGCCGAAGAAGGAGUACGGGUUGUGCAUCAGGAGUUUGACGGAUGGUAGGUGGGCUCUGCUUGGGGAUAGCGACGGGAGACUUAGGGUGGUGGAGGGGGAUAAAACUCUUCUCCCCCUGUGGUUCCAGAUAAUCCUCAUAUCCUGCCUGUUGGUGCUAUCCGGCAUGUUCAGCGGGCUGAACCUGGGGCUCAUGGCACUGGACCCGAUGGAGCUCCGUAUAGUCCAGAGCUGUGGCUCAGAGAAGGAGAAGAAAUACGCCCGCAAAAUUGAGCCUAUCCGCAGCAAGGGGAACUACCUUCUCUGUUCGCUGCUGCUCGGCAACGUCCUGGUCAACACGACACUCACUAUCCUCCUGGACGACCUGAUUGGCUCUGGGCUCGGGGCCGUGGUUGCCUCAACAGUGGGUAUCGUGAUCUUUGGUGAGAUCGUCCCGCAGGCUCUGUGCUCUCGCCACGGGCUGGCAGUCGGCGCCAACACCAUCCAGGUGACCAAGUUCUUCAUGUUGCUCACUUUCCCCCUCUCCUUCCCUGUCAGCAAGCUCUUGGACGUGCUUUUAGGCCAGGAGAUCGGCACUGUGUACAACCGCGAGAAGCUCGUGGAGAUGCUGAAGGUGACGGAGCCAUACAAUGACCUGGUCAAAGAGGAGCUCAACAUGAUCCAGGGAGCCCUGGAGCUCCGGAACAAGACGGUCGAGAGUGUGAUGACGCCGUUGGCCCACUGCUUCAUGAUCCAGAACGACGCCGUCCUGGACUUCAACACCAUGUCAGAGAUCAUGGAGAGCGGAUACACGCGCAUCCCCGUGUUCGACGAGGAGCGCUCCAACAUUGUGGACAUUCUGUACGUGAAGGACCUGGCCUUUGUGGACCCUGACGACUGUACCACCCUGAAGACCAUCACCAAGUUCUACAACCACCCGGUCCACUUUGUGUUCCACGACACACGGCUGGACUCCAUGUUGGAGGAGUUCAAGAAAGGAAAAUCUCACCUGGCCAUUGUUCAGAAGGUGAACAACGAGGGGGAGGGGGACCCGUUCUACGAGGUGCUGGGAUUGGUCACCUUGGAGGACGUGAUUGAGGAAAUCAUCAAAUCAGAGAUCCUGGAUGAGUCUGACCUUUAUACUGACAAUAGGCACAGAAAGAAGGUGGACCCUAACAAAAGAAUGCGUGACUUCUCAGCAUUUAAACAAACGGACAAUGAGUGCAAGGUGAAGAUAUCCCCUCAACUGAUGUUGGCUGCGCAUCGCUUCCUGGCUACAGAGGUGAGUCUUUUCAGUCCAUGUCAGAUCACAGAGAAGGUGUUACUGAGAAUCCUGAGACACCCUGACGUCAUCCAGGAGAUCAAAUUCAACGACAGUGACAAGCGCUCCUCUCAACACUACAUCUACCAGAGAGGCAAACCUGUCGACUACUUCAUACUCAUUCUCCAGGGGAGAGUGGAGGUGGAGGCUGGGAAUGAGAACAUGAAGUUUGAGACAGGACCCUUCUCCUACUACGGUGUCAUGGCUCUUAGCACACAGUCACUGGCCGUCACUCCCCCUCUCUCCCCCUCAGUGACGUCCCCCCCUCCACGACGCCUCUCUCUAAAGAGAUUCUCUCUGUUCUCUCGCUUGUCAGAAUUCCGUUCUCCUACUCACGGCAGCAGCCUGAAUCGCUCGGCGUCCCUGAGCUGCACUGAGCGUGGUGCUCCAGGAGAAUGCGGCUCUUUAAACACUAGCAGCACACAGCUCACCGUCUGCCAGUACACGCCAGACUUCUACGUUCGAGCCCUCACUGACCUGCAAUAUGUCAAGAUCACUCGUUCCCAGUACCAGAACGGUCUUCUGGCGUCCCGGCUGGACAGCACACCCCAGUCGCCUGAGGGGGGUCACCCUCGCCUGGACAGCACCUCCGCAACGCCCAACACCCCCCCAGCCUUUCCCCGCACCCCACUCCCCCUGGCAACGCCGCCCUUUAAACGUCCGCCAGCCCUUCCCCAGCCUCCGACCCCAACCAACCGCACCCCCAUACCCCACACAACCACACCCACCCAAGUCAACCCCCGCUCAGUGCUGCCCCAAUCCACCCCCCCUCCCACUAAAGGAACCCCGCUGCCCCAGUCCACCCCCCCUCCCAAUAAAGAUACCCCUCUGCCUGAGACACACUCUCCCCCCAUCUCCAGUGCACGUACCCCUCACCCGCCUCCCCCUUCCUCCUCUUCACUCUCCCAUCCAACCCCAACCUCUCUCCCGCCAAAAUCUCCCCCUUCGAUGAGGCCAGGUGUGGAAAAUGGGCCAGGGGAGACGGCCUCUCUGCUGUCAGAGCAGCCACAGAACUGCCUGGGCGGUACGCGCCGGCCCAGCCACCCACAAACACACGCACAACAUCCUCACACGCACGUGCACACCAUAAGUCACGCACACACAGAGAGCACCAUCUGACAUUAACCCCCACGGGGGGUUUAAGAUUUAAAGAAGUAAGGAUGUACACACACACACACACACACACACACACACACACACACACACACACACACGCGCGCGCGCGUUCUAUCGGGUGAGGACUGGCACUUACCCUGGAGCACUGGAAGAUUCUAAGGGGCAACAUGCAUUGUGGGUAUCCUCACACCCCAGUACUUCCUCCCUCAACCCACCACCCCGGCCAUCCGUCCCCCCACCCCCA